CGGGGCAGUCUGCGUUGGUGCUCCGCACGGUCCGGGUGCUUCCGACCGACCCGCCGGUAUUCGAGGCGGUGUCUCUCCUCAUGGAGACGGAAGUCAAGGAAGUCAAGGAAGUGGUCAGCAACCUCUCGGCAAGGUUUGCUAAGCUGGAAGAGGCAGUGGCAGCUAUUAGCCAGCAGCUAUCAUACGACAGCGCCGGUCGUCGGCUAGUCGUAGAAGACGGCCAUUCACAGGCUCAAGACGCAACUCCCGGUGAGUUCGAACUGGGGUCUUCAAGGGACCUGCAAGCGGAUUUUAAAUCAAUCCGAGAUAAAGUGGCCAAAAUCAAGCUGCCUGCCGACCUAGUCGUAGGAGAUUCGAGAACUGGGGUAGGACGGAACGACUGGCCGAAGUUCCAAACUAUUCAGCGUUGUGCCAGAUUUCAGGAGACAACUUUAAAGAUACUGUCUCAGUGUUCAAGCGCCAAUUCAGAGUCGGUCAUCGCUGACGUCACGACAAUUGCGCUUGCGCAGCUCAGAUUUUUGCAAGAAGAGUAUACCAACCUUCUCGUGGCGAAUCAGUUUGACGACGGAACGACGAAGUUGUUCCAGACGCUCCAGAACAACCCAGCGUCGUUCUCGCCUGGAGCGCUGGAAAAUCUCCAGCGGGCUGUCUCUAUCUCCGGAGCGCGCCGCCAGGUCAGUGCCGCUGACAGAUUCCGCGGCCGAGGUGGCUCGUGGCCGAGAGCUCCAAUGUGGGGCCGUGGGAGCUGGCGCCAGGAGUUCCCGAGCCCGGCCGGCCGGUACAGUCCGGCUGGAGGCGGCGCCGGCUCGGCCGACUGGCGGCUCGGCCGCGGGCGUUUCGGAGCGGUCUCAGCUGGGCCGCGCGACCUGGCCGCUCGUCCGCCGGCCGGUGACGGCCCGGGGGCAUUCGCUGAAUAGAGGGACCCGUGACUGCGUUCGUGGGACGAGGCCAUGGCCUGGUCGCCCGAGGCCAGGGAGGAUUUGGCGUGGUGGAUUACGUCACUGGACGGGUGGAACGGGCGGCAGCUGGUGCCGCCGGCUACCUGCGACUUGCAGCUCUCCACCGACGCGUCGGAGACGGGCUGGGGCGCCACCCUUUCGGCGCCGGUCGAACAGGCCGCUUCAGGCUGCUGGGGUCCGGAGCAGUUGGAGAGCAUAUUCGGCCCGCACACUGUGGACCGGUUCGCGUCGCUGUCAACGGCGCAGCUGCCAGUCUACAACAGCAGAUUCAGGGACCCCGCUACGUCAGGGGUCGAUGCGCUGGGACAGAGAGACUGGCACGAGCACAACAACUUCGUGAACCCGCCGUUUCGGAUGGUUCCCAGAGUGUUGGAUGUAGUGGAGGCGCAGCGGGCCACGGCCACGCUGAUCGCGCCUCUGUGGCCGGGACAGCCGUGGCUGGAUCGGCUGCGGCGUCUCAGCAUCUGCCCGCCGCUCCGGCUACCGCCAGUGACUCGGUGCCAAGGCCAUAUAUAGGAGGUAGCGACACUGAGCGAUUUGUUUACAGCCAGUUUCGGACUCCGUGACGCAAAUGUGUCGUCACGGGACAAAACAAUAUGGCCACCUCUAAUGAGAACCAAGUGCAAGAAGUUCCCGGAUGUAGCCAGCACUGACGUCACCGGGUCCGAAACCAAUGACAUCAGUACUGGACCUAUGGCGAAGCAAAGUAGUGACACCCCCCUGCUCGGUGCUGUCUGCCUCUGCUGCCGUACCAGCAGAUAGAACCACACCGCAACACGCGGUGGACGCUGUUCGCCUGGCGGAUCUGUGGAGAGCCAGGUUAGAGGCUAAGGGCUGGUCGCCGGCGGCACGAGGUCAGUUCACGCUUUGCCUCGCAAAAUCGACGCUGGAUAAUUACAAUCGGUACAUCAACCUUUUCAGAGACUUUUGUGCGGAACGAGGUGUCGAUUUUCCCCAGUCAGAUUCAGCAAUAGUGGCUGACUUCCUGGUGACUCAGUGUGGUAGGUCUGAUCGACCGCAUUCAACCCUCCGUUGUAUUUCUGCUGCUCUGGCUGCUAUGUACGAGGCAUGUGAGGCAAUGAGUCCCAUCCAGGAUUCAUUGAUAGCGCGACUGUCCCAAGCUAUUGUGAAAAGUGGUACACGCAGGCCCAUUGCACGGUCCUCUGUCAUGGAUAUCUCUGCCUUUGUCCGUUUGUUUGAGUCAUGGCCCGGGAACGAUUCACUGUCGGUGAAAUUACUGCGCCUGAAAACUAUUACCUUGCUGGCAAUCGCAUUGAUGUUACGGCCAUCAGAUAUCGCUCCGCUGGCGAUGGGCUUCCAUGCGGGCUCAGGCGUGAUGGAAAGAUUUGUGCUGACGAUGGAUCAGAUUCAGUUCAGGUCAGAUGGUAGGCUAGAUGUGACUUUUCUCGGCAUCAAAAAUGACGCUCAGAGGACAGGAUUUCGGGUAACGCUGCCUCCUAACCCUGUGGAGUCGGUAGAUCCGGUGGCGGCUCUGCGUGUUUAUUUAGCUCGGACCGAGUCGUGUCGCUGUCCGGCAUCGAAGCCUGUUUUCCUCACUUUAGUUCGGCCGUUUCAGGCAGUGUCAGCGAGUACAGUGGCUUCUAUCCUGCAAGAUGCUAUACACUUAGCGGAGAAAUUCGGGUUGGCGAAAGGCCACACUCCGAAAGAUUUUCGGCCCACUGGUGCUACUCGGGCAGUUGAGCUAGGAUUCGAUGCAGAUGACGUGCAGCGACUUGGAAGGUGGAAAACGCGAUCCGUUUUCCUCGACCAUUAUGUACACAACAGCAUAGCUCCGUCUUUCACGCAGCGAAUGUUCGAGUGAGCCGUAUGUACAGGGCACCGGCGGUUAUGGGUCUCUCUAUGUGAUUGCAUUUGUAUAUGUAUGAUAUGGGAUAUAUACAUGUAAUACAUGCCUGUAGCGUCGAAUGUGUGUAACGUUGGUUUUAAGAAACCGUAGUUACCACAUUCGCCGCAAGGUGGCCGACCCGCGACCCGGUGCUGGGUCGCGGGCCGGGGCAGUCUGCGUUGGUGCUCGUUAAGUUUCUGUGUGGCUUAAGCAGAAGCUCCUGUUUCCGUUGAUGUAGGCUAUAGUCGGUGUUGGGAGCGAGGUUCGUGCGGAGUUACCUGUAUCGCGGAUGAUUGCAUUUGUAUAUGUAUG